CAGACGAUACGCAAUAAAUCAUGAAUUAGAGGACGCUCUACAGGAGAAAGGGAAUAUGUUGAAGCGAAAGACAUCUCCACCCCCCAUCUCCCCGGAGAGGCGCGUUCGAACCAAACUCGCGAACCAAGCCUCACUGAACUACUACACAGUAGGCUGGAUAUGCGCCUUGGAGGAAGAAUACGAAUGCGGCUGCCGCAUGCUAGAUGAAGUGUACGCCGGCCCCGAGACCCUCCCAGACGGCGACGACAACACCUACGCCUUCGGUAGAAUCCGAAACCAUGGGGUCGUUGUGAGCUGUCUACCGGCCGGCCGGUACGGUACCGAGUCUACCUCGCGCGUGGCGAGAGACAUGGUGAGGACGUUUCCACGUCUACGAUUUGCAUUGCUUGUAGGAAUCGGAGGCGGAGCGCCGACAGCGGAGACGGAUAUCCGGCUGGGCGAUGUGGUGGUCAGUACGCCGCAUGGGACACUCGGGGGUGUCAUUCAGUAUGAUCUGGGUAAACGUCUGCCCGACGGUCGGUUCAAGCUGACGGGGCAGUUGAAUGCUCCGCCGGACAAGCUGCUCUCGGUCGUUGGGGAUCUGCGGCGGCGGUAUAAAGAUCCCAGGAAGCCGGAUUUUGUCGCAGAGCAUAUUCGGCUCAUGGAGGAUAUGUCGGGGUAUCAGCGACCGCAGCGGGAUGAUUUGUACCGUGCUGAGUAUCAGCAUGAGGAGGGAAAGGUCUGUGAGGGGUGCGAUGUCACGCAGACUGUGUCGAGGCCACAGCGAAGUAGUCGGCGGGUGAUAGCCGUGCACCACGGAACGAUUGCAUCGGGGAAUCCCGUGAUCAAGGAUGCUGCCACGCGGGACUUUUACGCCCACAAUCCAGAGCUGAAGGUUCUGUGCUUCGACAGGGAAGCUGCCGGGGUGAUGAAUAACCUGCCUUGCCUGGUCAUUCGUGGCAUUGGGGAUUAUGCGGACUCGCAUGAUAAUGAGCACUGGCGGAAAUAUGCUGCCUUGACCGCUGCGGCGUAUGCACGCGAGCUCCUUCUUUCUUUGAGAUCACGGGCUGUGGAUGUUGUACCGUCGUGGGUUGCCCGGAUCGAGGAUGAAGUGGUGCAAGUGGCGCGUACAGUUGAGAUGAUAGAUGAAAAGACUGAGGUUCUUGUGCAGAGGAUGAAGCUUCUCGAAGACAGACUUAACCUGGUAGGGCUUCCCAGAGUCAACGGGGCUGUCUUCAAUGAGCGUAUGCACCAAUACAAAGAUGAGUGUCUCGAGGCCACUUGCAGUGAUGUUUAUCGUCAGAUCGCGGAGUGAGCAGGAGGUCCCAACGACAAGUUUAUCUUUGGCAGGUGAGUUUGGAGAGGUUGAAGGGGAAGAGCAGGUUCUGACAAACAGAGACCAGUGAGGGGCUGGUGGAAGGAAUUCGCUCUGUUGAAAGAGGCAGUGCUGACUAGGUAAUACCCCUACCCCAUGUGCCCUUUUGAUAUCUCGGUAAAUGGGCUUACUGGAAAGCUGAGAUUCUGAGAUGAAUUGCAUGUCCUAUUGAUGGAUGGCUCUAUGUUAC